AUGGCCCUCGACGGCCGUCCAACAAACUACAACGACUUCCGCGACCAACUCAACCGCGACCUAAACCCCUGCGGCCCCAACGACGGCGGCCUCAUCGUCUGCAAAGGCGGGCACAUUCUCUCUGACAAUUCCAUCGAGAAAUGGCUGAUGAACCACGCAUCCCCGCCUGGACACCCGAAUGGUUUGGCUUCACCGACAAUGCAGCAUACCCUGAGCCAGGUUGCCGGUCUCGCUUCCGAUGCCUCAGCGGUGGCGCUCGAUUCCCAACAGCCGCCUCUAGUGGCUCUUCAGCUACUCGAGCAGGGACGAGGUUUACUUGCUGCUUCCGCAUACGAGAUGCGCAUGGAUAUAAUGAAUCUACAAGAAGCGGAUCCCGUCCUAGCAGAGAAGUUUAUUGCGGUCAGGGAACAAUUGCAGUCACCCAUUGUGAGCGAAACAAAUAUAGAACAAACGGAUCGACCGUCCUGGAAAUCACAGUCCGAUCACCGUCAUAAGGCGGAUGAGCAAUUUGAUAAACUCGUUGCUGAGAUCCGUGGUAAACAGGGCUUUGAAAACUUCGUAGGCGCACCUAGUCUCGAAGAAAUGCAGGACGCUGCAGCAUCAGGGCCGAUCGCUGUGAUCAACGUUAGUACAUAUCGCUGUGAUGCGAUUCUGGUUGAGACACAUCAGACCCACGUCUUGACAUUACCUAGUCUGAAUCGAGAGGAAAUCAAGGAAAAGACUGUGAAUGUACAUCUGGGAAGUCCCGAACUUCUGCAAUGGCUAUGGGAUGUGGUAACAGAGCCAGUACUCAAUGCCUUAGGAUAUAUUGACCGUCCUUCAAGCGACCAGUGGCCUCAUUUCUGGUGGAUUCCGACCGAUCUCUUGACCCGAUUUCCGCCCCACGCAGCCGGAUAUCAUGAUCGUGCAUCCGGCCAGACAGUAACAGCACAUCAAAGAUUCUUCGCGCCAUAA